ACAAUGGGUAUUCAGACCAAAAGGAAAAAAUGACAGUCACCUGACAGUGUGGUGCCCAGCCAACCAGCUAUACCUAUUUUGAAGAUUUUAAGAACUUAGCCUCCUGAACAGUCUUCUUCGAAAGUGAAAAGUGGUAACAGCUGAGGAGUAUCAAGAAAUUAUUUUCUGCAAAGGGGCAGAGUUAAUUGUAUUUGGGACCCGUAACAGCACCUAUUGGGGAAAGACUUCUAAGUGAGGAGAAACGGCUCUACAGGUCAUGAAACUAUGGAAAUGAAAUGGUUUUUGUCGAAGAUUCAGGAUGACUUUAGAGGCGGAAAAAUUAAUCUAGAAAAAACUCAGAGGUUACUUGAAAAAUUAGAUAUUCGGUGCAGUUAUAUUCAUGUGAAACGGAUAUUUAAGGACAAUGACAGGCUGAAACAAGGAAGAAUCACCAUAGAAGAAUUUAGAGCAAUUUAUCGAAUUAUCACGCACAGAGAAGAAAUUGUUGAGAUUUUCAACGCAUAUUCUGAAAACCGGAAAAUUCUUUUAGAAAAUAAUCUGGUUCAAUUUCUGACACAAGAACAAUAUACAGCUGAGAUGAGUAAAACUAUUGCUUUUGAGAUCAUUCAGAAAUAUGAACCUAUCGAAGAAGUUAGGAAAGCACGCCAAAUGUCAUUUGAAGGUUUUUCAAGAUACAUGGAUUCACGUGAAUGUCAACUAUUUAAAAAUGAAUGUAGAAAAGUUUAUCAAGAUAUGACUCAUCCAUUAAAUGAUUAUUUUAUUUCAUCUUCACAUAACACAUAUUUGGUAUCUGAUCAAUUAGUGGGACCAAGUGACCUUUGGGGAUAUGUAAGUGCCCUUGUGAAAGGAUGCCGUUGUUUGGAGAUUGAUUGCUGGGAUGGAGCACAAAAUGAACCUGUUGUAUAUCAUGGCUACACACUCACCAGCAAACUUCUGUUUAAAACUGUUAUCCAAGCUAUACACAAGUACGCAUUCAUGACAUCUGACUACCCAGUGGUGCUCUCUUUAGAAAAUCACUGCUCCCCUGCCCAGCAAGAAAUAAUGGCAGACAAUUUGCAGACGACUUUUGGAGAGUCCUUGCUUUCUGAUAUGCUUGCUGAUUUUCCUGAUACUCUACCAUCACCAGAGGCACUAAAAUUCAAAGUGUUAGUUAAAAAUAAGAAAAUAGGAACCUUAAAGGAAACCCAUGAAAGAAAAGGUUCUGAUAAGCGUGGAGACAAUCAAGACAAGGAAACAGGGGUAAAAAAGUUAUCUGGAGUAACGCUUUUCAAGAAAAAGAAGACCAGGAAGUUAAAAAUUGCUCUGGCCUUAUCUGAUCUUGUCAUUUAUACUAAAGCUGAGAAGUUCAAAAGCUUUCAACAUUCAAGAUUAUAUCAGCAAUUUAAUGAAAAUAAUUCUAUUGGGGAGACACAAGCCCGAAAACUUUCAAAAUUGAGAGCCCAUGAGUUUAUUUUUCACACCAGGAAGUUCAUUACCAGAAUAUAUCCCAAAGCAACAAGAGCAGACUCUUCUAAUUUUAAUCCCCAAGAAUUUUGGAAUAUAGGUUGUCAAAUGGUGGCUUUAAAUUUCCAGACCCCUGGUCUGCCUAUGGAUCUGCAAAAUGGGAAAUUUUUGGAUAAUGGUGGUUCUGGAUAUAUUUUGAAACCACAUUUCUUAAGAGAGAGUGAAUCAUACUUUAACCCAAGUGACAUAAAAGAGAGUAUGCCAAUUACACUUACAAUAAGGCUCAUCAGUGGUAUCCAGUUGCCUCUUACUCAUUCAUCAUCUAACAAAGGUGAUACGUUAGUAAUUAUAGAAGUUUUUGGUGUUCCAAAUGAUCAAAUGAAGCAGCAGACUCGUGUAAUUAAAAAAAAUGCUUUUAGUCCAAGAUGGAAUGAAACAUUUACAUUUAUUAUUCAUGUCCCAGAAUUGGCAUUGAUACGUUUUGUUGUUGAAAGUCAAGGUUUAAUAGCAGGAAAUGAAUUUCUUGGGCAAUAUACUUUGCCACUUCUAUGCAUGAACAAAGGUUAUCGUCGUGUUCCUCUGUUUUCCCGAAUGGGUGAGAGCCUUGAGCCUGCUUCACUGUUUGUUUAUGUUUGGUACGUCAGAUAACAGCUAAUGAUAAAUGACAUAUCAUUAGCUAUGCAUCGCAAUAAAACAGCCAAAAUGAA